AUGGCGAACCCAUACCGGUUUGCUUUGAUUGGGAAAUUUUCAAGUGCACGUCCUCAACAAGGGGUGAUUCUGCAGGCAUUUUCUAAGUUAGCUCUAGCGAGUUUAUACAAUAUCUGUUUUCUCCGAUCUGGGUAUAUCUUCAUUCAUCUAACCUCCGGGGAGGACAUGGCUAGAGUGUGGAUGAGGGGAAUUUGGUUCAUCAGUGGAGUUCCUCUGUGUAUAUUCAAAUGGUCCCCAAAUUUCUCUUAUGAGGUCGAAUCUUCGGUGGUUCCGGUUUGGAUCCAGUUUCCUGACUUGCCUAUACAAAUGUUCAGCAAAUGUGGUUUGUUUGUUGCGGCUAGUGUCUUUGGAAGACCAUUGAAGGUAGACGAAGCAACUGUGGAUGGCUCGCGGUUAUCAGUUGCACGAGUUUGUGUGGAGAUAGAUCUUCUUAAGCCUAAGGUGGAUGAAUUUUGGAUCGGGAUUGGAACAACAAGAAGGAUUCAAAAGGUAGUUUUUGAAAAGCAACCCAAGUAUUGUAUUUAUUGUUUUCAUCUGGGUCAUGGUAUGGAGGAUUGUUAUGUUAAUGGGAAUAAGGCUAAACCAAAUUGGAAAUCUGCUUCAAAGGUGAAUUCUGUGGGUGAUGUUGGGUUAAAGACAAGGAUGGCCAGAAAGGAUAACUCUGGGAGAGUUGAGGUUUCAGAUGACAUCCGGAAUAAUUUAGAUGAAGGGAAUUCUCAAGAUCAAAGGAUAGAGAGACAAUGGGUUAAAAAAAAGGAAGACAAGGAACUGGUUGAUGGUGGAAAUCGGGAGGUUACCGAUUUAGUGGAUGGUCAUGGAAAUUUGUGUGAUGUUGGUAUUUCCGCUGAUAGUCUAGUGUCAGAAGGGGUUUUAAAUUCUGAGAUGGUGCAGGGUGGAGCCAAAGAUAAUGUGGUUGGAUUUGUCCCCCAGAGGAGAAGGGAGAUUGAGGAAAUGGAGGUCGUUGAAUCAUCUGGGUUGCAAAGGGUGGCGUCUCUGAAUCUUGUUCUCAGUGACCAUAAUAAGAAAACCGGUAUUGAUACUGGACAGAUUCCUAGUAAAAGGGUUAUGAGAAGUUUGAUGGUUAGAAACCUUGGAAUGAAUUCUGGAUUAUCAAAUUGCAAUGGCAAGAUCUGGUUCUUUUAUGAUGAUAGUAUUGGUUGUACCAUUUUGGAGGAUAAUGAACAAUUUUUACACCUAAAUCUUAAUUCUUUUCUCUUCCCUGUUAAUAUCUUUGUGACGAUUGUUUAUGCUAAAUGUAGUUAUAUUGAAAGAAGGACAUUGUGGGAGAAGCUGUUGGAAGUCACACCGGUAAUGGAGGAGGUUUGGAUGGUAGGAGGUGAUUUUAAUGUGAUUUUGAGUUCUGAUGAGCAUUCUGCUGGGAUACUGAAUAACCCUGGGGCUGUUAAGGAGUUUAAUGAUUUUGUAAUGUUGGCUGGUUUAAUAGACACAGGUUUUGUGGGUGAUAAAUUUACUUGGACUAAUCUUAGGAUUUGGAAAAGGCUCGACAGAGUUCUCAUUUCUUCUUCAUGGAAUGUCAAAGAUUAUGGUGUUAGAAUUGAACAUCUUAAUAGAGCAACUUCUGACCACUGCCCGCUGCUGAUUUCUUUCCCUAGUAUUUCUCCAUCAGUUUCUUCUUUCAGAUUCCAGAGGAUGUGGAUAAAUCAUCCAAAUUUUGAGCUCACGGUGAGAUUGAACUGGUUUUUGCCAUGUUCCUGUGUAGGAUUGAAGAGAUUGCAGUUUAAAUUGCAAAGACUGAAAGAUCACCUGAAAUGGUGGAAUGCAUAUGUGUUUGGUAAUAUUCAGGAUAAGGUUAAGCAAGCUGAGAUGGAGCUCUAUAUAUGA